AUGGAUGAGACCGGAACAGUUGUUGCCUGGAUCACUCAAAAUAUUACUAUCUCUGAACGCUUGAUCUUCUCAGAACGGGAGGCAACCUACCAGGAAAGGGUCGGGAGAAAGCAUUAUCGUAACAGAUGCACCAGCAAGCUCAGCCUCAAUAUAGGCAAUAACAUUGCUCCUUCCGACUCUGAUGGACAGCCAUUCUUUCAUCAUUUUCUCCUUUCUUGUUUAGCCCAUUCCUCAUUUGAAUUGAUGGACCAUAGGCAUAAUCACUUCGCCGCUUCAUUUGCUCUAGUUCUUUCCCUCUUCUUUUCUUUUGCUUAUCUUUCCUAUUGUGUUUUCCUUCUCCCUAGACUUCCCAAUCUUCCUAUUCUUAUUUCACUUGUGGUUCGGCGCUUUUUUGCUGCCUCGUGCUGGCACGUCUGGGGGAAACUUGCAAUGGUCGGCCUUAAUGAUAACCUCUUUCAAUCUUUUAGAAUACCUGUAUAUCCGGCUGUGGCUUUAUGUCUGAUCUGGUCUUUUGAGUAA